CUCUCCGGCUGUGGUGAAAACAGUUUUGUGUUAAGCUCUGCAGAGCUAGGCCUCUCUUCCUUAUUGCCUCCUUCCUAAUUCUUGCCUCCUCCUCCGUCCCUGCUCAGCUUUCACCCAUCACUCCUUACCUUACUUUGCCCACCAAGGCAAACGACCAACCAGGUCCAGACUUAGAAAAUGUCCACCAGCGUGAUAAAGGUGGAUGGGAUGCAGGCUGUGGAAGUGAACUCCCAACCAACUCAAAUCACUAUACACAUCCACCAGGAGUCAACUCUGGCCAAGCUCCUCCAGAUGGGAUGCGCCUUCUUGCCAUCUAAGACUUAUUCCCAGGACACUCUCAAACAGAGCAGAAGGGUGCUCCAGGCACAGCUGGCACUUGGGGUGUCACUGAUAUUGCUGGGGGUCUUGAGCUGCUCUUUUGGGAUACUCCUGCAUUUUGGGCCUUGGAUUCCCCUGCAGGCCAUAGGCUGUGCCUUUUGGGCAGGGGCUGUGGCCAUUGUGGCUGGAGCUGGGGCCAUCAUCUAUGAAAAAUGUCAGAGUAGCUGCUGGAGUCGUCUUGCUGCCCUGCUUGCCCUGAUCAGCAUCUCCACAGCCCUUGCUGCCCUAGUCCUCUGUUCAUACAGCCUUGAGGAUUCUGCUAAUCACUUCUCCAACAUGAAAAUGAUCUGUGAGCAUUCUAGGUCAGAAACCACGACUGUCUUGUAUUAUAGGAGAUAUGAUUAUAGAGAUUGGAGGACUGAAGAGUGCAAGAGGAAUAUGGACAUGCUUUUGCAUUUGUUCCAAGGAGUCCAGGCCAUGCUGCUGGCCAUCUGUGCCAUGAUAGUCCUUGUGUCUCUGGCCUGCCUGGGCGUGGGCCUCCGUAACUUGUGCUGCCAGAACUCUAAAUUCCAGGUUGAAGAAGGGGCUGACAAGGAGCUGCUGGGGGAAGAAUCACUUCCUCCCUCACCAUGCAAGGAGAAAUCCACUGGCAUCAUUAACCUAUGAGCCGCCAUUGUGCCUAGACCCACUCCUCCCUCAGGAGCCUCCUGCUGUCUCUGGAGGCACCUGGCCACUCCGAGGGCUCUCUGGGCCAGAAUGGAGCAUCAUUACCGAGAACCCUCACCCUCACCACAUACCCUGUACCUUUAUUGCCAUUCUGCUCAGCUUCUUCUUCCCUGCUCCUUUGAGUUUUCCCACAUGCUCCCUGUUUUUUACCCCUCUGACUGCUCCCUUCCCCAACCCCAUUCCUCAUUCAUUGCCUGCCCGUAUCCUAUUACUCUGACUCUCUCCCUGAGAAGGAGUUGCAUCUACUCUUUUCCCUGCUCUCCCUAAGCCCAUCAGUCCCUUGUCCUCAGGCUGGUUUCAAAUAAUAAAUGCUCUGAUUUCUGA